UUCCACAUUAUCAAUAUUUUUCAUAUAUUUCUGAAGAUAUUAUAAAACAUUUUCGAGCAGCGUUUCUUCAGGAUGUUGACUCCAAGUUAGGCUUCCACCGAAUUACUGAAGGCAUAAAGAGAUUUCGAUGGAAAUUUCCGGAGGGAGAAAGUGGGUACAAAAAAAUAGGAACUAUAUUUAGAUGUGAAGAAUGGGGAAGAAAGAAAAAUAAAUUAGGAAGUGAAUCAUUUGUACUUGUUGAAGAAAGGGAUAAUGAUGGUACAUGUAUUGAAAAAGAAAUUGUAUUUAUUUGGCAAGAAAAAAUAAUUAACAAAUAA